AAGCCUAACCUGUAUUUAAUAUUUGAAUCCGCAUUGCUCGCCGGGCUGCGAAAUAUUUCGGUCCCUUUCAUGGACUACUCAUUAGUGUGUUUUAGAGGAAAGCAAAUCACAAAAUGCCUACAGAACUCAAGGUGUGGUCAUUCCACAAGUCAAUAUCCAAGACAGCCAUGAAGGACCUCCUCAGACAUUUUGGGGCAAGAACAGUCCAGCUUGCAAGACAUCACAGAAAAGAUGCUGUUUUGGCAAGCUUUGCAAGUGAAGCUGAUUGCAGAUAUGCUCUGGAGAAGCUUCACCAGCAUGAGCUUCUUGGAGUGAGGCUGAAAGCCAUGUACUGGGACUCAGCACUUACUCCCUCCCAGCAGCCUCACAGAUGUAAGGAGAAUGAAAAGCAUGAUAAUGUUACCCAAGAAGAAAAGACUCUCAAGAAGAUGAAAGAAUUUGAGGUCAAUUUGUGUUCCAUUGCACCAGCUCUAGGAGUUCACCAUCCCAUCAUCCCCAGACUGAGGUAUCUUUACCCUCCGCCUUCCCCUUGUGUCAUCGGCAACAUUGCACAGACUCUCAUCGAGGUGCCAAAGUUUUACACUCAGGUUCUGCACUUGAUGAACAAAAUGAACCUACCUGCACCUUUCCAACCAGUUCAAGAUCUCUAUCCUCUGUAUCAGAAUCUGUCAGAGGUGCUGUGGAGUAAAGGCAGUGACACGGUGGACAAAAGCAUUAUUGUGGAGGGUAAGAGUGAGGAAGGAAUGGACAGCAACCAUGAAAAUACUGACCAUGAGUCAUCUGAAACUGAAAGCGAACUGGAGAGUGAAGGGGAGGUGCAAACAAAUGUCAAAAUCCGUCCUGUUCCUAUCAAGAGGAGACUCAAACCUACAAACACCAUUAGAAAAAGACCAAAGUUCUCCCUACUGAAACAGGCCUCCGUCCCUCACCCACGAACACCAGAGUUCAGCGUGAGAGACGUCUUUGAAGGGACCGAGGCUCAAGGAUCACGGAAGCUGGAGCUCAAGUUAAAAAACACCAUUCUUCCCCAAGACAGAGGCUCUACAAGGGCUGACAGUCCCAGGGAAAGAGGCACCUUUGGCAAAAUAAAGUCACUGUCAGCAGAGAUCAAGCCUUGUCCUUCAGAGAGCAUGGUGGAGUGGGAGGAGGCUGACAAGUACAUUAAAAGAGAGGAAAUUCUCAACAACAGGGUUGCUAAAUCAGAGUGGCCAAUACUACCAGUCUUUAAGAACUACACUGCAGGAGAACCUUCAGUCAAGCUGUAUAUCAAGAACCUUGCCAAGACAACGACUGAAGAGGAUCUCAAGUUCAUAUUUGGUCGUUAUGUGUUCUGGCAGAAUGAAGAGGAAGCUAAACAAUUUUCCAUUUCCUUGAUGAAAGAAGGACGCAUGAAGGGUCAAGCAUUCAUCACGUUUCCCAAAAAGGAACAAGCAUCUGAAGCGCUGGAGGACGUCAAUGGCUACAUAUUGAAUGACAAGCCAAUGGUUAUAGCUUUUGGGAAGGUUAAGAAAGAACAUCAUGAAGACAGCUCUGCAAAAGAAAGAUCAGAAAAUUGAAUACCCACAUCAUAUCCUCCUAUUGACAAACUGGAAUAGAAAGGAGGAGUCGUCACAUCAGUGCUCUCAAAGAGCGAGGCCUGAAUGUAGCAUGCUGGUGCAGGACCCAGAACAGCACUGAACAUGAAACAGUAAUUCAUUUGAACAACUGGUCAGUAGAGGUUCUAUGCAAGUUUCCUAGCAGGUGGGAGUUUUUAUUGAUAAAGGAGUAUACAAAACUCACUUAAUAUUAUUCCUUAAGUACAAAAACACAACUAAGGUGUUUCUUUGAAUAAUUGUCAUUUGUCCAGCAUAAGCAAUUUGAGCUUACACUUAUUGUUUCUGUGUAGGAUGGAAUAUGAAGAGUGUCAGAAAAGUCCUUCUCAACAACUUGAAUGGGCAUGUUUUAAAGUGAUUACAUAGAC